UUUGGGGAAACAAGGGAAAUAAGGCCUUGUUUUGUUUUUUUUACUUUAUAUUACAGUAAACCUUUGCAUUCUUAGUUUUGGAAUCCUUUUUUAGUUUCCCUCUUGAGACAAAUUUGUGUUUAAAGUUUAUUAAUAGAUUAAAGAAGCCUUUUUUGGCAGCCAGACUGGUUUAUAGAUCAUUUCUCACCACAAGCUCUUCAGAAGAUCUGAAGGUAAAGUUCCUUACCUCUCAUGACACCAGAACAUCGAUCAACAAAAAGCAAGACGACUCAGAGUAUGAAGAGGAAACGCUACUUUUUCUUUAUCCUCUUGGUUGUCAUUCACCAUGUAAAGUGAUGGCCACAUCUCUGGGAAAUGGCACUGAGCAUAAUUCCAACUGAAGAAAACACAGAUGGCCUCUCCUUCAUCCUCCUCUACAACGUCUCACAUUUGGAACUAGUGGAAUUAUGGGGCUGGUUCCUGGAGGUGACAUUCAGGAUGGAGAGGAGGAGGGAGCUUCACACCAGCUAGUGAGGGGAGGUAAUGAAGGAGCUCGGGGACCAGGGGUGCACAGAGGUGCCAUAGAGCUGAAAGAGGGGGCUCGGGGGGGAACGGACUUCGCCCCGCCGCACACCGCUCGCUGCUGUCAGAGGAAGAGCCCGGACGCCCCCAGCCCCCUGCCGAAAAAGGACCAGGGCACUCCCAGGGGAGGGCAGGAAGCCAGCUUGUCACCAGGGCGACGCACUGCCGACCUUCACCGUCCCGUCCACGCCCCGUCCACGCCCGCGUGCCACGCCCCGCCCAGCCAUGGAGGACACCCUCACCUGCAGCCCGGCUACCUUCUCCCAGGUCUUCGGCCGCCAGGGGCAGCUCAUGCAAGCCACCGUGCAGUCCCUGAACAGCCUGAAUGACCAGAUCGCCCACUUCAUGGUGAACCGACCCAAGGCCCUCAACGAUGAAGACGGCGCCUUCCUGCCCAGCGAGAAGGAGACGCUGAAGAAGUCCAUGACACUGAUGCGACACCUGCUGAUGGAUGCCCAGGCCAAAAUCCUUAAAAUGAUGGAUGACAACAAGCAGCUGGCCCACCGGAUCGAUGGGGCCAUCCAGUCCGCCAGCCAGGAAGUGACAAACCUGCGCUCCGAGCUGACGGCCACCAGCCGGAGGCUGGCGGAACUGGGGGCCAGCGACCCCCCCAUGGUCGAGAACAACCAGCACAACAACCACGAUCCAUCUGUCCACCAGAGACAGAAGCCAGUGACAGACAUUUGCUUCAAGACUGACAUUACAAGCCUGAUGGACUUCAGCACGCCGGACUCUUCUUUAGACAAAGUGCUGCUAAGGGAGGAGGUGGCUCAGCUCCAGGAGGAGGUGCACCUCCUGCGGCAGAUGAAGGACAUGUUGACCAAGGAUCUGGAGGACUCUCACGGCGGGUGUUCGGCCGAGGUGCUCUCCGCCACCGAGCUCAAGGUGCAGCUGGCCCAGAAGGAGCAGGAGCUGGACCGUGCCAAGGAGGCCUUACAAGCGAUGAAGGCGGAUCGGAAACGCUUGAAGGCGGAGAAGGCGGACCUGGUGAACCAGAUGCAGCAGCUCUACGCCACCCUGGAAAGCCGCGAGGAGCAGCUGAGGGACUUCAUCCGCAACUACGAACAGCACAGAAAAGAGAGCGAGGACGCGGUGAAGGUGCUGGCCAAGGAGAAGGACCAGCUGGAGCGGGAGAAGUGGGACCUCCGCCGGCAGACCAAAGAGGCCACGGAACACGCCGGCGCACUGCGCUCGCAGCUGGACCUGAAGGAGAACAGGAUCAAAGAGCUGGAGGCCGAGCUGGCCAUGGCAAAGCAGUCACUGGCAACUCUCACCAAGGACGUGCCCAAGCGACACUCACUGGCUAUGCCCACCGAGGCCGUGGUCAACGGCAACCAGGAGUGGGUGAUGCAGGCCGACCUGCCGCUCACCGCUGCCAUACGGCAGAGCCAGCAGACGCUGUACCACGGGCACACGUCACACCCUGCAGACCGCCAAGCGGCGGUGAGGGUCAGCCCCUGUCACUCCCGCCAGCCCUCCGUCAUCUCGGACGCCUCCGCGGUGGAGGGCGACCGCUCCUCCACCCCCAGCGACAUCAACUCCCCCCGCCACCGGACACACUCCCUCUGCAAUUCGCUGGAGGAUUUGGAAGACCAGAAGCGUAAGAAGAAGAAAGAGAAGAUGGGCUUGGGUUCCCUAUCGCGAGUCUUCGCUCGAGGCAAGCAGCGCAAGUCCCUGGACCCGGGCCUGUUCGAUGGUACUUCUACUCCCGAUUAUUAUAUAGAGGAGGACGCCGACUGGUGAUGGCUCCCCCCCCCCCACCCCCCUACCCCAAACUCCUCGAGAGUGAUAGUACAAUGCGUGUGAGAGAGUGAGCGAGCGAGCGAGGGAAUGGAAGAACGAGAGCGCAUGUGUGUUUGCCCCCCCCAACUUGAAACACCUGCUGAGAGGAGGAAAGAAAAAGACCAGAAAUGAGCACCUCCCCCCAGCUGCCUCCUGUUAUGUAAAUAAUACAAGUGAAUACAAAAUAUAUGUAUGUAAAUAAAAAAAAUAUAUAUGUGUAUAUAUACGUAUAGUAUAUAUAUAUAUAUGUAUAUGUAUGUACGUAUAUAUACAUAUAUACACAUGUAUACCUGGGAUUAUUAUGUGUGGAUAUGUUAUCUGUCAUUUUCAGAACGAAGCGGCUGUGUUUUAAUCUUUUACCGGUCUUUAUAUAUGACUUUUUUUUCGAUAACUGGAAACUUGAAGGACUGCUGUGUAUUUGUAAAUAACGGUCAUCGUGUACAUUGUGCUUGUGAACGUCUUUUGUCCUGAAUGCUUUUUUUUUUUUUAACCUUUAUUUUUAUCCUGCAUUUUUUUUUUCUUCUAAAUUUCAUUUAUAAUCCCCACCUCCCCACUUUCUUUUCCUGCUUGGUCCAUUCCCUACAUUUGGCCGAGAGAAAAGGUUUCCUGUAUGCGAAGAGCAGACUGCGCAGUCCUCUAUGAAGUCAAAUCCAAUGAUAGAAAUACACUCUGGUCAGACUUCCGGAACCAACAGCUGCGAUACGCUGCAGAAACUCGCAUGCAGAUUCCACAUAAUGCCAUUAUCUGUUCCGGCGAGGAACUUGACUGGGAGACUCUCUUAAAUCGCCUCAGGCGCCGCGAUGAGAAAGACGUGACUGUUGGCUUUUUGAAACGAAUUUUUCAAAAAACCGUUUUCAAAGAAAUAUUGCAAAGACAUAUCAUCACGCCGCGAGCGCUGUCCGCAGAGAUGCUUUUCCGUCUUGUAGCUUUAAAAAAAAAGAAAAGAAAAAAAAACAUAAACAGUGGCCGUGUUCUCCCCCUGGGGGAAAGAGAGAAGGAAAUUGACCAACGAUUAUGCCGUCACGUGCUAACGUUGUAGAAUCAGCGUGCGCUCGGGUUCUGGCUUAUGAACGCAUGGCGUCGUGUCAUUGAGCUGUCUUGUCGCUGUCAGUGGAGCGUCUUGUCUUUAGCGGUCGAUUGAUAAAGAGCGGGAUCGAUUUUUUUCUCUCAAAGUAAACAAGUGAGAGCGCGGCGGGGGGGCUCCUUGUGUGCUUCGAUGAUGGAGAUGAUGGCAAGGGGGGAGGGGAGGCAUGGGGGUGGGGGGGGUGUUGGUCUCUGCUGUUUCCUGAGCACAGAUCGUUGUUAGGAAGUGCUGGUCGAGACAGGAGAGCUGCUAUUGGACAUGCCAAUUGCGCUCUCUUUUCAGAGCACGCAGUGUGUUCAGACGUAAACGAAUUCCUGAGACGUGAAAGGAUUUGCAAAUUGCGCAUACUUUCUACCGGCACCGAAAAGUACAGCAAAAUCCCUUCUGUUUAGUUCUAAUCCCAUUUUAAUUGUGAGGAUUAUUACAAGAAUAUAAAAGGGGAACUAGAGAAAAGAGGGGGACUUAGUGUUUCCUCCUAAAUUACCCGCUUCUUUUGAUUUACUACUGAAUAAAAGUCACUGAACACCCUGCAGGAUACAAGAAGGGAGAGGCUUCCAAGUCUGAAAGUUAGAAAUUUCAGGAAGCCCUUGAAGGCAGGGUGAGCUCUUUGAGAAUACAGGGUGGCCGGGUGCCAGCAGAACAGUCAUUGGCUGUCGAUGCUGUCAGUCGUGCCGAUGGCGGACCCAUCUCCUUGCCGAUUGGGCGGUCAGAGCUCGAAGCUCUCUGUUGAUUGGAUUGAGGAGCUCUUCACAGACCUGCCAUUCCUGUGGGUUCCAUCAUGCUGUGGGGUCCUCCCUUUCCCACCCUGGACCCGUUCCUCUGGUCUUCAGUGCUCCUCUCCAACGCAGCAAGCCUCCAGUUCAGGGCUAUGUUGAGGUUCCGGUGGGCGGCAGCGUAGUAUAAUGGUUAGGGAACUGGGCGUGUGGCUCCGAAGGCUGCAGGUUUGAUUCCCAGGUGUGGCACUGUCGCCGUUGUGCCCUUGAGCAAAGUACUCUGCCGGAAUUGCUUCACGUAAAUAUCCAGCCGUAUAAAUGGAUUGUGUGCAAAAAGAAUGUAAGCUGUGUAAGUCUCUCUAGAAAGUUGCGUCUGCCAAAUGCUUUAAAUGUGAAGUAAACGGUUACACCAGGAGAUUUCAACCUUUUUUGAGCCUCAAAGGCUUCCGGGAGACCCACGUCAUAAGUUGUAUUUUUGUAUAGUCCCAAAUCUGUAUAUAGUCCUUGCAUAUCAAGUCUGGCCAGGGCCCCCUACGGUACCGUCAAGGACCCCCUAUUGAAAUCCUAGGAUUUAAAGGCACAAAUUGUGACAUAAUAUUCUAUGGAAAAUAAGAACAAUCCUUAACGGAGGUUCUUGCAGUGCACAUUUCUUAAUCUGUUAUUGGGAUAUUAUUGUGAAACACUUUCUUGACACUCAAUCCUGCACAAAAUUUUAAAAAAUGAAUCGGUAGAAGCCUCUAUCACAACAUCGGUGUCUUAGAGCAGCAGGGGCUCCGGGUCUAGUUUGCAGUUCUUUCUGACGUCAGCUGUGUGGAUUAGAAGCGGCGUGACGAGUCGGAACGAGGACUUUGUCAUUGCGGAGGUCUUCGCAACCGCCAUGGAGGGGCAUUACAGGGGGAUUAACGUGCCCCAUAAUGCACCCCGGUCCGCUGUAGCCCGCCGUGCCGCCGUCAGUACCCCCUUGUGCUAAUGCGCGUCGUCGUGUGAUUGUCUCUGGCUUAGUGAGUGACGGAGGGAGCGGCAGAGAGGCCGUUUGGUUGUGGGCAAUGAGCUGCUGCUAUUCCACCGCUCUGGAGACCUCCUCAGCGAAUCACUGCCAGCUGUGGCCUCCCCGUCUCCUAGGCAACAGGGCCCGUACUCCGCGUGCUUGCGCGCGAGCAAGGGAGCGAGGGAGCAUAUGCUGAUAGUUAGGAUUGCACCUUGGAUCCCACUCCUCGGAUCCUGGCAACCAAUUCCCGGUCCGGUCUUUUCUGAGCUCGCCAUUAUACUCUCAUGUAGCGCUGCUGGGUGGCUCAACCUGUUAAAGCACUGCUACAGUCCAUGGAUAAGCCUCAUGGUCUGGGAUUGAAUCCGGGCCCGACCAGUGGCAGUAGCAGCCAGCAGAUGGCGCUAGCCUAGCGACCAGGGUGGGAGGGGUUUGUGUCUGAUCACUUGCUACCGACUACUAAUGGUCGAUCAAGUGGUCAAGGUCACCGUGAAGUUUGCUUCUCCAAAUGAUGUCUUUGCACAUUUGUUGACCGUGGUGAGACAUAAAGAAGACUACAAUGAACUUUGCGGCGUGAGUAUAAUUAGGCAUUCCAAAUUGGGAUAAUAAUAAUAAUAAUAAUAAUAAUAAUAUAAUAAUACGGCGUGUAAUUGGGAACAAUGUGUUAAAAGCAAUCCCAUGUCUUACAGUCACACGUGCCAGAAUCAGGCUAUGAGUUUGAUCAUGUGGGUGGAGGGGGGGUUAAUAAUGUGCUUUUUAAUUAGCGGGUGCCUCACAGGUUAAAACCGGAUUUGGCUUCACUUACAAAAGAGGUUCUGUGAAUUUGGACCAAAGUCAAAAACCAGAUCUCACAUCCAAGCUGCCUAUAAAGCAAUUAAAGAAGUGCCAAAGGUUAAUAGUCUCUAAAAGAAAGAAAAAUACACGUUCAAUUAAGCUUGUAGUUCUGCUUUUGUUCCUAUGCAUGAGCUCUUAUGGGAUUCAUUCAGAGGUCUGCCUUGGCUUACAGGAACUCUUUUCAUCUUCAUUUAGUUACUAAAAUCCUGCUGGCUCGCCAUUCAUCUAACAUACUGACAGUAUGGGGAAUUAUGGGAAUGUACAUUCAAACAAAGGCAUAAUUUCCCAUGCUGCUUUGCUAAGGGGACUUGUCAGUGACCAGGGAAAGGAGAGCGUUCAUUCAUACUUUCCUCUUGGUAUUUCACAUCAGACAGAUGUUAUUUUUUUAUUAUUUUAUUUUGGUAACAAAUUCCUUCUCAUUUCAUGACAAUUAUUUUAAGCUUUGUAAAUUAGGAGAUAUUGCUAAAAAAUUUAAAAAUAUACUAUUAAAAGAGUUUUAUUUAAAGAAAAAAGAAGCUUCAAUAGGUGAAUAAUUGGUGAUGUGUAGGACUGUACUCUAUCUUCAGUUGCUUGGAGAUGGAGAGUAGUGAAAGAGGUUUCAAUGGCAUGGAAACGAACAUGAUAAAAAAAUCUAAAUAAAAACUUAUUUUAAAAUAAAAUAACUCCGAAUUUC